CGCACCGCCCCCUUGUUCCCCAACCUACACCGUGUACAUUGGACAGACAAUCGAAGUGAAGCAUACCCUUUCCUAGAUGUCGUCUGCAGCUCUCAUCUGAAAGAGUUGUCUAUAAACCUCCCGGAAAUCGAUAGUUACAGCGAUGCUGAUUCCAUGAUCGCACGAUCUUUCUUGCAUUCGAUUGUCGGCCGCUGCGCAACGCUCAAAAGCCUAGAGAUCCGGGAAGAGGAUGUCAACCCCGACUAUGAGGAUGCCAUCUCGGAAGUCGUUUCGAGCCUUCCUAAGCUGGAGGUCCUCAACUGCGGACUUCUCGAGUAUGGCGCGAUAGCUCACCUCGAUCAGCUGGAGAGCCUGCGCGAACUGUCAUUCACCGUCUCUCCGAAAUACAGCUAUCAGGAUCUUCACCACCAUUUCUUGUUCGGACGCCUCUCCUAUCUCGGCCUCGCCUCGGCUGAUAGCCUUGGAAUCAUUUUACCUCUGCUCCAGUACAUCCCUCGUCUCCCGCCAUUCUUCAUCUUCUCCGCCCUCCGCUCCACCGUAAGCGAGAUUCGCAACGUCAUAGCCCACAUCGUACGCGCCGGAAACGGUGACAUUGACGAUGUCAACAUCGACGUGCAGCGUGGCAUUCCCGAGUGGGACGAUCCACCCGAGUGUCUCAUCUUCGACGACAUCCAGCCUCUUUCAAGGUUCAAGAACAUCCGCACCUUGAUAUUAUGCACGGGACAGCCGUUUUGUUUAGACGACGACGAUGUCAAGAUGCUCUCGUCGUACUGGCCGAAGAUGGACACGUUCAACAUCAGCGGAACGACAGGCUGGGGCGGCGUCACGAGGAUCACGUUCAAAGGUAUCCUUUCGAUAGUGGAGAACUGCAGGUACUUGCGCAACCUCGGGAUUGUGUUUGAUGCACGCUCACGCCGAGGGUUGGCAUCUGGACGGCCAGGUGGAGGGAUAUCGAGCUCUCUAUCUAUCUUGAUGGUAGGUGAUUCACUGAUAGAUAAUCCCGCGGAGGUGGCGAUGAUAUUGUCGGAUUUGUUUCCCAAUGUGGAAACGUUGCAGGCUUGGGAGGACACGACCUGGGGUCAUGAUGACGACGUAGUAGAGGAGCAGAGAGAGAAGUGGGAGGAGGCAACGAAGCUGUUGAUGAUGUUCACCAGCAUCAGGAGGCAAGAGCGAGCAUGGGUGCAGAGCACGAUUUGAUAAACGAACUGCAAGUCGAUAAUGUUUCUGAAAAGUCGGUACUGUACUACUAUGCUUCCGAGUGUCGUACCAAGAAUUGCCCACAACAUAGUUGUAGGCAUGAUCAUUC